CUGGUGAAACGAAGCGAGAUUACUUGGAAUUUACCUGUGACCAUAAACAGUGACAUAUGUUAACUUAAUAUUUAUGCGUGUCAAAGCAGGUCUGUUGGAAUGGAUUUUACAGAAGCCUAUUCUGACAGAUGCUCCGCUGUUGGGCUUGCAGCUAGGGAAGGCAAUGCCAAACUUCUGAAGAAGCUAAUCAAGCGGGGAUAUAGCGUCGAUGUUCCUGAUAACAGAGGUUGGAUGCCAAUCCAUGAAGCAGCAUUUCACAAUGCAAGCGAGUGUCUGAAACUCUUAAUUCAUGCAGCACCCUCUGAUAACUACAUAAGAUCAAAGACAUUUGAGGGCAGUUGUCCGAUACAUCUUUCUGCAAGUCGCGGAAGCUUGGAAUGUGUUGCUAUUCUCCUGGAAUCCGAAGCUGAUCCUAAUGAGCUUACUAAUGAAGAAGCCCCACCUUUGUUUUUAGCUGUUGAAAAUGGACAUAUUGAUGUGAUAAAGCUUCUCCUCCAACAUGGAGCAAAUAUUAAUGGGCCCCACUGUUGGUCUGAAUGGAAUUCUUUGCAUCAGGCUGCUUAUCAGGGAUAUCCUGAGAUACUGAAAUUACUCCUUGACAAUGGCGCUGACAUAGAAUCAUUGGACGACUUUCGAGUCACACCUUUAUUUAUUGCUGUACAAUAUGGAAAGGUGGAAUGUGUAAGGGUACUUCUGUCAUACGGAGCAAACGUUAAUUGUCAAGCCAAGGAUCAGGCCACACCGCUAUUUAUCGCUGCGCAGCAGGGCAGAGAGACAUGCGUGGAACUGUUGUUAGCCAAGGGAGCAGAUCCAAACCUGUACUGUGAUGACGAGGAAUGGAUGCUGCCUAUCCACGGUGCGGCACAGAUGGGGCACAUCAAUAUAUUGCGCACGCUCAUACCGAUUACCAACCGGCUCUGUGUCUGUGCUGACGGUAAAGUGAGUCCUGUCUACUCAGCAGUCUCUGGUGGUAAAAAAGAUUGCCUAGAACUCUUGCUUAAGGAAGGUUACAGCCCAGAUGCCCAAGAUUAUCCAGUAUUUGGCUGCAGAUCACCCAUGUCACUGGCUUUUCCAGGAAGCUAUGAAUUAAUUCCCAUCCUUCUGAAGUAUGGGAUCACGCUUCUUGAAUCGGAUUUAGGCGUCUGCCUGCACUAUGGAAAUUUCUCUUUAUUUCAGUACUUCUUGAAGCGGGGCUGCAAGCUCCCAUGCCAACUGCAUCUGAUAGACUUUUUAAAGAACGUGAUUGAUGCAGGAGACAAGUACAAAGAGUGGCUGCCGUCUCUCCUGCUGGCCGGGUUUAAUCCAGUAAAUCUCCUCUGCGAGUCGUGGAUUUCCUCUGUAAGCAGUGAUGCCCUUAACUUCCUUCUGGAGUUUGCUAACUGGAAGAGGCUUCCUCAGGAUGUGGAGCAGAUCCUUGCCAACCACAAAGAAACCUCUAUGUGGGUGCCCUCUAGUCACUUUGAAUGCAUCCCUUCCUUGUCUCACCUUUGCCGCCUGGAGAUCCGGUCACUUUUACCGAGCAGUCACCUGCGAUCAGACGAAUUCGUCCACCAUUUGCCCUUACCCACUUGCCUGCAGAACUUCUUGCUGUACUCGGAUGUAUUAAGAACCUACGCCAUUUCGGAAUCUUCGCUUAGGCUGGGAGAAGAGUAUGAAAGAAAUGCCAUGCCGUCUCUUCCCAGUCCAGAAAAUACAGAGAGAACAGAAACCUAAGAGCUGGUGCAGGAUCAUCAAAGCACUUGAGGUUUCAGGCUGUCAUAAAGAUCAAGUGGCAGCGCUGGGUGGAAGUUACCACGAUGGUUGACGUCUCUACUCUUGCUCAUUGUCAGAGAUCCUCCCUUCAAAGACUUUUUGCGUGGAUGUCUUCAGAUUAGCUUUUAAACGUGUUUCCCCUUAGCUCCAUAUUCAAAUGAACGAAAAAAUUGUAUAGGAAUAAAUAUAGUCAGUGAUUACUCCAAAAUAAAGACCAAUUUUCUAUGAA